AUGGGAAGGAGUUGGCCGGGCCCAUCGCUCUGUCGGUGGCGGCUGCUGCCUGCUUUGGAGGCAGGCUGCGCGGUGGCCGCCGAAGCUGGCAGACGUGGACGCAAGCGCCGGGCUUUGCCCGCUUCUUGCAGUUGUGAAUUCCUUUGGACAAUUGAUGAUAUUUAUCACUGUGCUCAUCUUCUACACAUAAAAGAUGGGUGGAUUAUUUUCUCGAUGGAGGGUAAAACAAAACCUUCAACUGUAGAAGUUCUGGAAAAUAUAGAUAAGGAAAUUCAAGCAUUGGAAGAAUUUAGGGAAAAAAAUCAGAGAUUACAAAAAUUAUGGGUUGGAAGAUUAAUUCUCUACUCUUCAAUUCUUUAUCUGUUUACAUGUUUAAUUGUAUAUUUGUGGUAUCUUCCUGAUGAAUUUACAGCAAGACUUGCCAUGACACUUCCAUUUUUUGCUUUUCCAUUGAUCAUCUGGAGCAUAAGAACAGUGCUUAUUUUCUUCUUUUCCAAGAGAACAGAAAGAAAUAAUGAAGCAUUGGAUGAUUUAAAAUCCCAGAAGAAAAAAAUACUUGAAGAAGUCAUGGAAAAAGAAACUUAUAAAACGGCUAAAUUAAUUCUUGAAAGAUUUGAUCCAGACUCAAAGAAAGCAAAGGAGCUUGAGCCGCCAUCUGCUGGAGCAGCUGUAACUGCAAGACCUGGACAAGAGAUUCGUCAGCGGACUGCAGCUCAGAGAAACCUUUCUCCAACACCACCAAGCUCUAGCCAGGGCCCUCCUCCACAAGUUCCAGUAUCUCCUGGACCACCAAAGGAUAGUUCAGCCCCUGGUGGACCCCCAGAAAGAACUGUUACUCCAGCCCUAUCAUCAAAUGUGUUACCAAGACGUCUUGGAUCCCCUGCUACUUCAGUGCCUGGAAUGGGUCUUCAUCCUCCGGGUCCACCUUUAGCAAGGCCCAUUCUCCCGCGAGAAAGAGGUGCUCUGGAUAGAAUUGUUGAAUAUUUAGUUGGUGAUGGUCCACAGAACAGGUAUGCCCUUAUAUGUCAGCAGUGUUUUUCUCAUAAUGGCAUGGCUUUGAAAGAAGAAUUUGAAUACAUUGCUUUUAGAUGUGCCUACUGUUUUUUCUUGAAUCCUGCGAGAAAAACUAGACCUCAGGCUCCAAGACUUCCAGAGUUUAGUUUUGAGAAGAGGCAGGCAGUGGAAAGCUCAAGUUCAGUUGGUCCUUUGCCCUCAAGAAGUGUGAUUUCAUCAGAGAACCAGAUCAGUGAAGAAUCUGUAGAAGAACAAGAUGUACUUGAUAACAGUACAGAGCAGACAGAUGAGAAAAUAUCAGAUACAGAGGAGACAGACCAAGGGACUGAAAAAGUAUCUGGCACAGAGGAACCAGAGGAGAAACAAGAGGCUGAAAAUGAGGACACCUCAAUGAAUGAAGCCAAAUCAGCAGUCCCUAGAGCUGAUUCUACUCCUAAUCUUGAACUCAGUGAAGAAUCUUUGAUGGCCAUGUAGUAAAUGCUUCCACGUGCCUUCAACUGGAUAUUUAUAGUCUUGUUGAUGUCAGUUAUCGCUUUCUAGGUGGUGCUUUCUUUUUUCCCUCGUAAGGAUAUAUGCUUGAUAUCAUUUGAAUUUAGAUUGCUUGGCUAUUUCAAUAUGUCAGAGUUGUAGCUCCUGGAUGUUAAAUUAAAGGCAAGUGAUAUCAGUAAAGUAAGAACCUUUGGAAUGUAUAAAGACCCACACUGUUUAGCCAGGUAUUAGAUGUUUUCUUCCAUUCUAAAAGUAAACAGAAUAGCAUUCUUGUUUUCUCUGUGUGUGACCUAUAAAUAAUACCAUUUUGACAUAGGAAGAACUUUGGUUAUGAAUAAGUUCUAAUGGUGUUUAUUUUAAGGAAUGAAACUCAGUUAAGAUUUUUAAUCAUUCAUCAUCAAAAAUGGAUGGAAUUUUAAUUCUUGAGGUAUUUGCAGGGGUGAUGUCUACUUAGGCAUUUACAUUAAGUGGUAGGAAAGUUAUAACUGUAUCUAUAUAGGCAUUGGUACGAAUUCUCAGUAAGAAUGCAAUUGAACAGUCAAGUGCAGUGUUUCUUCUUUGAUGUUUCUUAUUUUGCAGCUGGGCCAAAGGCACAUGAUGUAUAUAAUUAGCUUAUGUUUACAUAUUAACAUAUAGGAAAUAUCUCUGCACUUGACUGUACUUGAAUUCUGAGCAUUAUUUAUACUUGUAAAAUAAUGGUGAUAUAUAAGUGAAUUUUGUGCUCUUGUGUGUAUUUUGUUAAGGAAAAUAAAGAUGAUCUGGCAGCA